AUGCUCUGGCUUCAAGUAGCCAGCCAAAUUGGCAUUGUCAUCUUCACGUUUUUCGUGCAGAUGCAGAUGCCCAACAAUCAAUAUCUACCUGAAGUCGUCGGACAGCUCAUCGACGCGGCUUCUCCUCGCUUCGCAUACCUCGCUAAAGAGGUUGCGCUUUCGCUCCGGUCCAUCCGUCCCACGCUUCCGGCUCCCCCGACUCGUCAUUCUAUACCCCCUUCGCCAACUACGGCUGAAGCCAAGGAUAUCAUCAUCUGGGCCCCCACAACUCACGCUGUCCCCAUUGAGCUGCAGCCUCCGGCGCUCGUUACUCAACUUGUGGCGUCGUCGCCGGUGCUUGGUACCUCCAUGUCGAUGCCCACGUUGACCCGAGCUUCCGCAUCUGAGGAUGCGUCGUCAGAUAUAGUGAUCUGGUCGGAUGAUGCGGUAGACUCAGCUAACCACUUCUGCCCAACUUACCUCGCAUCCAUCGUCCCUACCUGCCAUCUUCGUCCAGCUCACAUCGUGGCGAUUGCCUUCACGUUCGCAACGAUUUGGAGUGCAUGUGGACUGUUCAAGAUCUAUCAAGCUCGGCGUGAUGAGAAGACGGUAUCUGCCAACAGUGGUUUGCGGAGCUAUACCCAGAGCAACAUCGUUGCCAAGCUCAUAGCGAUAUUCUAUGGCGGCGCACCAUCGCGGUCCAGAACGAGCUCUCUGGACCGCGAUGGUGCUUCGUCGACUGUCCCGAGCGCCUCUGCAAACCACGAUACCGUACUCACCGUCCUUCCAAACACGAACCACACCGACGGCGACGCCAGCAACACGACGGCAGCACGUACCGAGCAACAGACGGAAAUCUCAGCAGCUCAUGAAAGUCAUUCCACGUCAGGGCCGUCCAAGCCCUCGUGGGCCCCCAGUAGGCUCGCGCCCACGCCCGAGACAGUGUCAAUGGCGCACACCGCGUACGCUUGCGAGAUAUACGCCAAGAAGUGUGCCGGGCAUAUCAAAAUGAUGGAGUACCAGAGCGCGCGCCCGGCUCUAGUGCGAGAGGCCAUGGAGAGAGAACGCGAGGGGUACCUAGCAUUUGUCGAGCAGGAGGUCCAGCGCGCCGCGGGACUGCAGACUCAGUGGCAGGAGCGUUGCGCAGGGCUCACGAGGAUUUAUGCGACAAUGACAGCACGCCGGGCAGAGGUCUAUGGGACGCUGGAAGUACUGAAGUCUACGCGUGCGCGGCUGGACUCGGAACGCGCAAAGGCGAGGAAGGAGCACGAGCAGCGGGCGAAGGAGCGGGCGCAGGUAGAGCAGGCGCGUGCAGCCAUUGCAACCAAGCGCAUGAAUGCAGAGGAGGGACGCUUGGAAGAUACGCGUAAACGAGUACAGGCCAUUGUGGAGCGGACGGUGCUGGAGGAACAGAACGAGAUGCUGGAGAAGGAGCGCUUCCGGCGAGAGGCAGCGCGCACGCGAGCUGAGGAAGAACACUUGGAGGCCGAGCAAAGGCGCGUGGAGGCCAUGGAAGAGCAGAUCCGCUUGGAAGAACAGCGCGAGAUGCGGGAGAAGGAACUUGCGCGGAUCGAGACUGGGCGCAUGCAGGCGGAGGAGGAGCGCUUGGUGGCUGAGCGGAGACGCAUACAGGCUACGACAGAGCAGAUAGCUCUGGAACAACAGCGGGCGAUACUGGAGAAGGAGCAGAUCCGUCUGGAGGCCGAGCGUGUGCGCCAGGAGGCCGAGCGUCGGCGUGAUCAGGAGGUGCAGGUAGGGCCAGCGAGGCAUCUGCAGGAUCGGGAGGUGCAAAAAGACGAGCCAGCUCUACGUGAGCAGGAAACACAGACACCUCCCGUGGAGUGGAAGGACACGCAGACGGGUCGGGGAAGCCUAUGUGAGGGGGGCAUGCUGACCGACUGUACGGAAGGCGUGCGCGAUCAGGAGGUGCAAUUCGGCCCAGCGGAUUACCAGGUGCAGACUGCGCGAGAAAACGAUCUACGCCUCCAGGAGGCGCAGAUCGAGCGAGAUGUGCAAGCGCAACAGGAAGAGCUGCCAAACAGCGGCUACCAAUCUGGGAACGACUCGUACCAAAGCGGACAACUUUCGCAGACCGAGCGGGCUGAGCACCAGGUGUCUCACGAAGGCGGACAAUGGAUGCAAAUGGACGAUGCGAUGGACUCACAGGACAGUGGAUCGGUCGAGCAGGUUGAACACGUCGCACAGCCUGUGCAGUACGAGCAAGCUCAACCUGACGUCGACGCCGGUCAUGAUUUUCCAGUCCAGUGUACCCCUAUUCAGCCGCCUCCCCACAAUCCAUCCACGGCGGUUCCGCUGCAGGAGUAUCAGCAACCCAUUCAGGCGCCGCAAUCGCAGCCUGCGGUGCAGAUCCCUGCUGCGUCGUCUAGUAGCAUGCCCUUGGCAGGCCAGCCGUCAUCCCCGAGUCCAGUCACUGCAGCCGAUACUGUCGAACCAUCUGCUGCUCAAGCUGAAAACUUAGAGAAGAUCCUCAUAAACCUUUUGCUACAGCAAGCGCAGAGCGGGCAAAGCAUGCAGAUGAUCGACGAUGACCUGAUCGACAGGCAAAAUAUGCAGGGGCAAGCUAAUCAUGCGAACAUGAAUGCGAUGUCACAGCUCCAGGGAGGGUACCAACCCAGUCUCGACGACUCGUAUUACCAGCCCAUGACCCCGCAGUCGUGGCAAGGCCCAAUGAGCACAACUGGACCAUACGGCUACCAGUGGGCUGCACAACCUCGCCCGCCGGCCCUUGCGACAGGACAGCAGUUCGCGCAAUACGACCCUGCCCCGCCGCCCUCCACUGCAUCGAUCAUGUUCGACCAGGCUCCGUCCUCUAGCUACUAUACCGUCCCUGACAUCGUCGCCUCACAUUAUGCUGACCCACGUAUGGGCCAAGCAUCCAAUUCAGCGCCGAUUGCGCAGGGGUAUUCCAGUCUCCAAUAUUGGCAGGGCAUGCCAGAAACAGGCCCGCAAGACCUGCAGGACGGGCAAGCAUGGUACACCGAGAAUGGCGAGCACGACGCGCGAGAUACGCAGUCACAAAGUGACGAAGUGGAGGUUGACCUCGGGUAUGAAUAUGAAUAUGGCGAGACAGCUUACCCUGCACCAAGUGGUCAUCCCGAGGGCGACGUCUCCGGUGACAGUCCGGAAGAAGACCAUCCGGAUUCGGAUUCUUCGCAGCCCACCGAUUUACCGUCCACCGAUUUAUCUGACCGCCCCAAGCUCCCACUUCCGUCCCGUGCAAGACGUUUUCAAGGUCAGCAAGAGGCACAGACAGUGCAGGUUCUCCCGAUGGGCCAUCCUGCAGAACAGCCGCCGUUUAAUGGCCAAUCCAGCGCGUCUUCAGUUGCUUGGAGUGCAGAGGUAGAUUUUAGUAUACCGCAGUCAACAUAUGGGUCCCCGCAACCUUGGAGGGCUUCUACGCUGGCUCAGCACGAUCCCUCGCCCUCAGCGUCCAUGAGUACGCCUUCGUCACGUCUUGACGAGCACGCGCGGGACGGCCAUUCUGGAAUCUAUGAGUCGAGCAGCGUCCCGAUAGCAGCGCCUAUCGAGCGUACAUCAUUGUCUCUCCAUGACUACAUGGUGGCUGAAGCAGCUGCACGGCAGGCACCGAGAUCGGAACCGGAAGGCGGAGAGACGGAGGAGCCAGCACAGUAUCCGCCUGGUGAAGACCAUGAGAGUUGA